AUGAAAAGCUUAUCUCUUUUGUUUGUAAGAAAACUUAUUCCGUGUGUAAGCUUGAAUAAAAUAAAUUCUGUUUAUUUAUUGAAACAUCUUGAAAAUGUCUGUGAACAUAUUUGGUUAGUUGGGAAAUGCAGGCCACAAAAGUUGUUAAGAAGAGAAUUGAAUUAUAAUAAGAUGAAAAAAAAAAAUAAAAAAAAAAAUAAUAAUGAGAUAAAAAUGAACAAAUUAAAUAAUCUGAGUAAUAUAAAAGAGGAUGAAAAUAUGAGAACUCAUAUAGAUAGUGAGAAUAAAAUAUAUAAUGAUGUAUAUAAUUAUUUUAAUAAGUCCAUUGUAUUAUUACAUGAAUUUGGACCUAGUGGUAUAUUAAGAUUAUUGUAUUCAUUAUUAAAAAUAAAAAGUUAUGAAGAAAAAUAUAUGAAAAUGAAAAGAAUAUAUUAUUUAAAAUAUAUAGAAUAUUAUAUAUUAAAUAUAUGUAUAAAUGAUAAGAUAUAUAAUUUUUGGAAAUAUGUAACAUUUAAUGAUACAGUAUUAAUGUUUAAAAUGUUUAUAAAGAAUGAUUAUUUUUCUUAUAAAUUAUUAAAUAAAUUAUAUAAUGAAAUCAACAAAAAUAUGGAUUAUAGUAUAUCAUCAGAUUUAAUAGUCUUCUUGUAUGCAUAUAAUAUAUAUAAAAAAAGAAUAAAGAAAAAAAAAUUAUAUUCUAAUGUAGGAAAAGAAAUAUAUAUACCUAAUACAUUUUUUAUUAUGAUAUAUAAAAAAAUAUUGAAUAAUUUGAAUCUUUCAAAUAAAGAAAUUACACAAUUUAUUAUUUUUUUCUCAAUAUAUGGAUAUAAUAUACCAUUAGAAGAAAAAAUUUUUAUAUAUAACAAAUGUAUAAAAUAUAUAGAACAAACAAUAAAUAAUUAUUCACCGAACCAAUUGAAAUAUAUUAUAACUAGCUUUUUUAAAAUAUAUAAUUUUAUAUAUCCAAAAAAUAGUAUUAAUUAUAUGGAACAACAUAAUACAAAUUUAUUUACAUUUCAUAAUUUUAUAAAUAAACUAUUUUUUGUUUAUAAUCAGCAUAAUAUAGAUACAGAAGUAGAUGAUGAAUAUAAUAUAUUACAUAUAGCAGUGGAAAAUAAUUACUAUAAUUAUGAAUGUCUAGAAUAUAUAUUAUUUAAUAUAAAAAAGCAUGUCCCUCAUAUGAAUACACCUCGACAAAUAAAAUUUAUAAAAUUAUUAAAGAAAAUUAAGCAUAUCUACAAUAAAGAACUUGAACAUACAAACACAAAUAAUUAUAACAUUACAUGUAGCAGUAGUCUAUCUCAUCUUGUGAAAUACAACACCACAUUUAAAUAUAACAUGAUCCGCCAAAUAUUAAAUGAAACCAUUUUACAUGUUAAUAUGAAAUAUAAAAAUAUACCUAUACCUAGUAGAAUCAAAAGGAUACUAUAA